CUUCUGGAUUGAAUUACCAAUAAAGUAAAAUAAACUGCUGCAAGCAGAUUAUACAAUAUUUUUCUACAUUUUAAUUACUGUUUAAAGCUGUUAAAUAAAAAUUGAACACGAAUGAAUAAUAUUACUUCAUAGCGCCACGCUCAGAAUUUCUUAUUAGCUUACAUGCGGUGAGCCCGGUUAGUCGUAUGUGUAUGUUUUUAAAAUAAAUUAGUUAAAAUUGCACGCCUAUUAAAGCACAAGUCAUGGCGACCAGCAACAGUAUGAUUGCACCCAGUAAAGUAGCUCUACCACCAAAUAGUGAUGAAGAUGUUAAUAUCCUGUCCAUGAUCUACAAAAUUUGCAAGAAGGUGGCGGUUGUCGGUGCGGUGUAUCUAGUGGGCUAUAUGCAAUGGAGCGUAGCGUGGCUGAUAGGUCCAGUCAUUCUCUCUGUUAUAAGGGACCAGUGGCGCAGAGAGAAUGAGUACAAGCGAAACUUGGCGAAAGCGGCCGCGCUAUCAUCUGAGAAAGAUGUAGUGUUGGCGCGGUUGAGCGACCUACCGUCAUGGGUAUUUUUCCCGGAUGUUGAACGAGCAGAAUGGUUGAACAGGAUAUUACUUCAAGUGUGGCCCAACGUAAACCAUUACGCCCGAAGUUUACUCAAGGACACCAUCGAGCCCGCAGUCGCUGAAUCUCUGGCUAAUUACAAACUAAACGGAUUCAAAUUCGAAAGAAUGAUACUCGGAACCAUCGCGCCUCGCGUGGGUGGCGUCAAAGUCUACGAUAGGAACCUAGCGAGGAACGAAAUAAUCAUGGACAUCGAUUUAUUCUACGCUGGUGACUGCGAUAUAUCUUUCGUUCUCCAGCGCAUUAGAGGAGGCAUUAAAGAUCUGCAGAUCCACGGCAUGGUGCGCGUGGUGAUGAAGCCGCUGAUUACCAAAAUGCCCCUGGUGGGGGGGCUGCAGGUGUUCUUCCUCAACAACCCCUCCAUCGACUUCAACCUCGUGGGGGCUGCAGACGUCCUCGACAUUCCUGGCUUCAGUGACAUCUUGCGGCGUUGCAUAGUGGAACAAGUGGCGCGUAUGAUGGUACUGCCUAACAAGUUGCCCAUCAAGCUCAGCGACGAGAUACCCACUGUCGAUCUGCGCAUGCCCGAACCAGAGGGCGUCCUACGCAUCCAUGUUAUCAAAGCAGAAAAUCUCAUGAAAAAAGACGUGUCGAUGAUAGGAAAGGGUAAGUCCGAUCCGUAUGCGAUCAUAACGGUCGGCGCGCAGCAGUGGAAGACCAAACACAUCGACAACGACGUCAACCCGAAAUGGGACUUCUGGUGCGAGGCGAUAAUAAGCUCAAGGAAGUGCCAAAUGCUGCAGUGCGAGCUGUGGGACUGGGACCCAGGCAUGGGCAUUGAGAACGAUGACUUUCUCGGCAGGUGUUCGUUGGACAUAUCUCAGGUGGUGCGAGAGGGACGUUUAGAUACUUGGCAAACUCUACAGGAAGCCAAACAUGGCAAGGUGCAUUUGCGCCUGUCAUGGCAUCGCCUGUCAUCGAAUUUACUUGAUCUGAGCCAUGCUAUCACCGAAACUCAAUUGGUGAAAACAGGUGAAAUAAGUUCGGCAGUACUUAAUGUGUACAUCGACUCUUGUAGGAACUUACCUAAUGCACGCGUGCACUCCCGUCCGGACCCAUACCUGGUGGUGUCUGUGGGCAAGAAGAGCGAGAACUCCGCCGUCCAGAUGCGCACAGAUAACCCCGUGUACGAGAUCGGAUACUCGUUCCUCGUGCAGAACCCAGAAAUAAACGUCCUCGACAUCAAGGUGCUCGAUCAAAAGACUGGAAAUCAAUUAGGUCAACUGGUAUAUUCUAUAGCGUCUUUGCUGAGGGAAAGGGACUUGAGUAUGCUAACGCAACCACUCAACCUACAAAAGUCGGGAGCUGAAUCCAAGAUCAUCUUGUCUUUGCAAUUGAAGAUACUGAAAGAAGCGGUUAAAGAGGUUGAUGCAGAGGACGGUGAGGAUCUAGCGGCCGCGCCCGCUUGUGAACUAAUAUCUACGUCCACGCCCUCCAACCCAGACGCUACUGACGCCUCCGCUCGCCCUGAACUGGCCACUGAUGCAGCGACACGGUUGACAAACGACGUGGAGCUGAAGAACAUCAAUGAUAAAGACCACAACACAACGGAGACGGCGUCGCAGAAGUCUAUACCGGUGGAGCAAAUUAUCAAAACAGAAGUUUCUCAAGAUCAACAAGCACCUCCGUCCGAUAGCGAUACACCAAAAUUAGUUCAUAGGACCUCUUCGUUGACAACGUCUGCAGGAGAAGCUGGUCUGGGACGUAUUUUGCUUUCUCUCAGAUACAGUAUGCAAAAUCAAACUCUGUUUAUCGUGGUGCAUAAGAUAGCAAAUAUACCUCUCAAGGAUCCAACCAAUGUGCCAGAUCCCUAUGUGAAAUUGUACUUAUUACCUGGACGUUCAAAGGACUCAAAACGCAAAACCAUUGUAGUCAAGGACAGCUGCAUGCCCGAAUAUGAUGAGCAAUUUGAAUGGGUGAUCCCAUUGGCAGAACUUCACUCGAGACAGGUGGAAGUAACUGUAGCGACACACAAGGGAUUCUUAGGCGGCAGCCCGAACAUUGGACAGAUUAUUAUUCAUCUUAAUCAGUACGACUUCAGAGAAGCCAAAACACUAUGGUUUGACCUUAUGCCAGAAUCUACACCUAGAGACUAAAUACAUAUGAAUCAUGUGUCAACUCAACUGGAGAUGUAUCAACUUUAUCUGUUGGCGCACUUUACACAAGGGGUGAUUUCUGUCGCGUGACUAACUUCAGUCUCUAUUUGAAUGUGGUUAGCGUUCUAGGUUCCAAGUGAUUUAAACUCAUACUAGACUGGCGAAACGACUUGGCAUGCCUCUAGCCAUGUAUGUGGUCAAAAUCAUUUGCAUAGAAGGCGAUGAGAAAAUCAACUCGCUUUGGUUACCUAUAUAACUUUUAUUUUCUUUUAGAUGUGGUACUGUUGACUAAAAUUAUCCUUUU